CCCCUUACACGACCCUUCAUUAUAGCAAACAUGGCGGAGCCCUCCGUUGGGAGUUCGAGCCCAGGAGGUUCAGCUGGCUCAGAUGACCAUGAAUUCGACCCUUCAGCUGAGAUGCUUGUUCAUGACUACGAUGAUGAAAGAACCCUAGAUGAAGAGGAGAUGCUUGAGGGGGAGACAAACUUUUCCAAUGAGAUUGAGGACCUUGCUCGGGAAGGAGAAAUGCCCAUUGAGGAGCUCUUGAGUCUGUAUGGGUACACGAGUGGUGGCUCCCCUGAAGAGGAGGAAGAUGAAGACGAAGAGGAAGAUUGCGGCGAGGAGGAGGAUAUUGAAGAUGCAGAUAAUGAUGAAAACAGCAGAAGUACUGGGGAACUCAAAAGGAGUCAGGAUCAGAGAAUGAAGGAUUCUUUUGGGCCAGAGGAUGAAACUCAGUCCUCAAAUGAUGACCGCUCUCAGUCUGUCAUUUGUCAGGAUAAUGCAGAGUCUAUUCGUCCACGGAGAUGCAAGUAUUUUGAAAGUAAUGAUGCUGAAGAAGAGUCUGAGGAGGAUGAAGACUAUAUUCCGUCUGAAGAUUGGAAAAAGGAGAUCAUGGUAGGGUCAAUGUAUCAGGCAGAAACACCUUUGGGACUUUCCAAAUAUAAGGACAAUGAGAGAGUGUAUGAAAACGAUGAUCAGUUACUAUGGAACCCAGAUUUGCUUCCUGAAGAUGAAGUUGUACAGUUUUUAACGGAGGCUUCCAAGCGUACAGGCGAGGAAAAGGGCGUGGAUGCCAUUCCUGAGGGCUCUCACAUCAAAGACAAUGAGCAGGCAUUGUAUGAAUUAGUUAAAUGUAACUUUGAUACUGAAGAGGCUUUAAGAAGAUUAAGAUUUAAUGUAAAAGCAGCCAGAGAAGAGCUGUCAGUGUGGACAGAGGAAGAAUGUAGAAAUUUUGAACAAGGCCUAAAAGCCUAUGGAAAGGAUUUUCAUUUAAUACAAGCAAACAAGGUGAGAACUAGAUCUGUAGGAGAAUGUGUGGCCUUUUAUUACAUGUGGAAGAAAUCUGAGCGUUAUGAUUUCUUUGCACAGCAAACCAGGCUUGGGAAAAGAAAAUACAACCUACAUCCAGGUGUAACGGAUUACAUGGACCGGCUGUUGGACGAAACGGAGAGUGCUGCAUCCAGCCGUGCAGCCUCUCCACCGUCCACCACACCCAACAGCAGCACUAGCCAAUCCGAGAGAGAUGACAGCAGCAACCAAAACGGAGUAUUAAGUCAUAGUGUGAGUGACACUCAGUCCAGUUCCAAUGAGGCAAAAUGUGAAGGGGUCCUAACAAAUGGGCCAGUCCUCUGCCCAGACCACCUAGCUACAGACAAAGACUCCAAUGGCUGUGACAUGGACCCAUUUGGCAGUGGUCAGGAGCGCAUGGAUGGCAGCUAUGAAAGGCCCCCCAAGAGGAGGCGGACAGAGGGUGACCUGCAAGGUGACAUGGACCCUUCUGCUAGUAUGUCCAAGCCUGAGGAGGACUGACCAUAGCGGUGAACCAAACAGCUGGACAGCACCAGGAUAAGCAUAGCUACUCAGUGGUCCGUUUUACAUCCCAAAGUCGAGCAGCUACUAGAGCUCAGAAGAAUGCAUUCUUAUUCCCUUUUAAGAGACAUAUGGAAGUUGAAAAUAAUUCUAUUUGUAUUAGAAAUUGCUGGUAAUAUUUUUGUAUUUGCAAGAUAUUUAUAUUUUUAUGAUACACAGUAGUAGUAACUGCUAUGAAGCCAUUUGACACAACACAACAGGUGUUUGGUAAGCCAGCCAUCUGUCUCAGAAGGAGAUGUUGGGUCUUCACUGGCACACAGCGUUGCACUUUCUAUUUUUUGGUGGUUUUUUUUUUUGGUGUCAACAAGAGGGGUUAGCAUCACCGCUACAUUGCACCCAGGCAAAUAAAUACUUGGACUCCAGAAAGCCUUAAAUAUACCUUGUUCAGCAAAUGAGCCGCCAGGGCAUUCCCACGGUUUGUUUAUGUAAAGAUCGGCAUCAGUGAUGUCCUGUAUAUUAACUUUUAAAUGGGCAGUUAAAGUUGUAUUUUUCCAGUGCAGUAGUGCUCUUUGCUCCUAAGUAAAGCAAAUUUCUGUACAAUUUGUAUAGGCUUGUUUUGUACAGUUCUUACUGUUUUGAUAACCAAACAAACAUACUUCAGCAUUUUUCCUUUUUUCCUGCUUGUUUUGGACUGUGUUUGGGUAGAAAUGGUAUUAUGGAGUUUGACAGUUGUUCAUGCUAAAAGCAAUGCUCACUGUUUGUGAUCAGUUUUUCUUGUAAAACAAAGCAUAAUGACUAAACCACAACCCUGUGUUUACUGUGGACAGAUUGUCAUAUAGUACUGAUUAGAGGUGGGCGCUAAUAACUGUAGAAAAUUUGAAAGCUGCUGCAUGCUAGUCACUCCUCGACAUGUUUAUGGUGGCUGUUCGUUCCGGGGUCAGGAAGACCUCACACCUCAAUGCACUAAGAUCCUUGAUGUUCUGUUUGUAUGCUUAAGACACUGUUUCAAGUCAGUUGCUGCUGUCUGGAUGUUCUGAAAUAGUUUUGCUACUUUGUAUUUUCUGCUUUAAAUUGCAUUCCCAAAUGUUUAACAUGAAGUUUGUCUUAAAGCUUUGGCCUCAAGUAAUUUAGGCAUUUUAAUCUUUAGUAAUUUUUCAAAGUAGUUUUGUUCUCAUUAAACAAUACCGUGUAUACCUAUACAUCA